GCAUGUCUAAUCCUAAUGCUGAACGCGAUGGCGUUGGGCAUGCGUCGCGGACCACAUCACCCUCAUGGGCAGACCCCGGUUGACCACAAGCACCAUCACUAUAAGCCACGAGGCUCGGAGUCACUUACUGGAGACGUGCAGCUAUUGCAUGAUACCAAACACAUUGAAGAAGAUGCACAAGUACUAACAGCAGAAGCGCUAUCACAGAUGACACCAGAAGAAUUAGAGUUCCAUUACUUUUCAGCUCACGAUUUUGAUAAAAAUUCCAUGUUGGAUGGAUUGGAACUGCUAAAGGCUGUUUAUCAUACUAUUGAACAUGAAGCCCCAGAUCCAGAUGCAGAUUCAUCUAUUGAACCAGAAGCUAAUGAUCUUGACGCUUACAUAGCUCUAGUGGACCGAACAUUAGAAUCAGAUGAUAAAGAUGGUGAUGGAUAUGUGUCUUAUGCAGAAUAUAGAGCAGCAAGAGCCAAUAAUCCAUCAGAAAGAACUCCUCGAGUUCUUGCAGCACCUUAA